AAGAUAUAUUAUUUUUGAGGCCUCUCCCUCUCACACUCAACUCUUUCCUUGUUUGGACUUUGGAGUGAGAAACAAGAGAGAGAGAGAGAGAGAGGGGGGGUUGGACUUGUGUUUGGGAGGGAAAAAGCUCAGAGAGACACCCAAGCGGGAGAGAAAGCGGAUGGAAAAAAAGAGAGAGAUGUUUGCAGGUGAGAAUGGGUUGCAAGGAGACCCAAGGCUGAAGGCCAUAUCAGAAGCCAUUAGAGUGGUGCCUCACUUCCCAAAGCAAGGUAUCAUGUUUCAAGACAUAACAACUCUGUUGCUGGAUCACAAGGCCUUCAAGGACACUGUUGAUAUCUUUGUUGAUCGUUACAGGGACAUGGGCAUCUCUGUCGUGGCUGGAGUUGAAGCGAGAGGAUUCAUGUUUGGUCCUUCGAUUGCUUUGGCCAUUGGAGCAAAAUUCGUUCCUCUUCGGAAACCUAAUAAGUUGCCAGGAGAAGUUAUUUCUGAAGCAUAUGUUCUGGAAUAUGGAACCGACCGUUUAGAAAUGCAUGUUGGAGCUGUUCAACCUGGGGAACGAGCAUUGGUGAUUGAUGAUCUGAUUGCUACAGGUGGGACCCUCUGCGCAGCGAUAAAACUAUUAGAACGUGUGGGAGCUGAAGUAGUAGAAUGUGCAUGCGUUAUCGGGUUGCCUGAGGCUAAGGGACAGUGCAGGUUAAACGGAAAGCCAUUGUACAUCCUUGUGGAGCCCCGCAAGUAGACAAUUGUUGUCAUGUGGCAAGAGGCUCAGUCAUUUGAAGUAUCACCUAUUACUGGGAUUGUGGGCUGUGGUGCCCUGGAAGCAAAAGCUCAGUUCCCCUUGUGGAUCAUCUUCUCAAUGAGGCAUGCUCUCACAAAGCUCCAUUUGUGCAAUUUUCUGGUUCUUGAGUCAAGUCAGUCUAGUGAAGAAUCCUCUCCUUUUGUAGGCGCUUGUGCCUUUUCUUUCUUUUCUUUUCCCUUUUUUUUCCUUCUUUUAUUGUAGUUUUAAUCAGAAAUGGGGAUGAAAUGGCUGUGAAGCCGUGGGCGGGCAGCAAUUGCCUAUAUUCAAUUUGUUAAAUUUGUACCCAACUCUGAAUUUUCAAGAAUGUAUUGAUUGUGUAUGCCUAUUCCACCACCA